AUAAAACGUGUACCAUGCACGAAUUCAACGAUCGACAGCAUAUCGAUCUAUAUAUACAUGUACAUGAUGCUCAGCCUAAUAUAAGGAAGCAGCAAGCAAGAAAAAGCUGCUUUAGUUGGCAAGCGAACAUCAACAAUGGCGCCACUACGCCGGAAUCUGCUUCUAGUAUUUGUGUUUGUGGCCGCGGUGGCAGUAAGUUUCGAAGCCGCGGCCGCGGGGAAGACCGGGCAGGUGACCGUCUUCUGGGGCCGCCACAAGGACGAGGGCUCCUUGAGGGAAGCAUGCGACGCUGGCACGUACACCACCGUCAUCAUCUCCUUCCUCGACGUCUACGGCCACGGCAGGUACCAUCUCGACCUCUCCGGCCACGACCUUUCCACCAUCGGCGCCGACAUCAAGCACUGCCAGCGCAAGGGCGUCCAGGUGUCCCUCUCCGUGGGGGGUUUCGGCCGCGGCUACUCGCUCCCGUCCAAGCAGGCGGCGCUCGACCUCUUCGACCACCUAUGGAACUCCUACUUGGGCGGCCACAAGAAGGGCGUGCCCAGGCCGUUCGGCGACGCCUGGCUCGACGGCGUCGACCUCUUCCUCGAGCAAGGCGCGCCCGCCGACCGCUACGACGUCCUCGCCAGGGAGCUCGCCAAGCAUAACAUCUGGGCCGGCCCGGGGAAGCUGCUGCACCUGACAGCGACGGUGCCGUGCAAGUUCCCGCCGGCGGGGUACAUGAAGCGAGCCCUGGACACGGGGAUGUUCGAGCGCAUCCACAUGAGGGCCUACGGCUACGGCGAUGACUACUGCGACUGGGAGCUGGCGUGGGACAAGUGGACGGCCGCCUACUCAGGAAGCUUGAUCUACAUCGGCCUGCCGGCGUCGAUGCAGGUGAGCGGGUGGGUGCACCCAAAGAACAUCUACUACGGCGUCGCCCCCGUGGUGCAAAAGGCGCCCAACUAUGGCGGCUUUAUGCUUUGGGACCGCUACUACCACAAGCAGGAUAACUACAGGAGCUACAUCAUCUCCUAUGCUUGACUUAAAAGUUAAAACACACUUCUCUAUGGUCUAUGCAAUUUGCACUUGUUUUGUGCUCCUCUCCUAUCCAUGUCUUUAUCUUAUUGCAAAUAGCUAGUCAGUGCCCAAGAAUAAAGUGAG